CAUGACUCCUGCUGUGCUCCUGGUCAUCCUGGGCUUGACAGUGGCCUCAGCUGCUGAAUCCCCUGAUCCCUCCCUGGAUGCUGAACAGCAAGAGCAGCCAAUAGAAAAUAAGCAGGAUAAAGACGGAUUCAGAAGACAGAUAUGGGAGGAAUUUAUGAAGCAGGUAGAACUCUACAAUAAGAAAACUGGCCAGAAGAAUGACAGCCUCAACACAGACAUGGAAGACUUUGAUGACUUGGUGAGUGGGACUGCCCAGUCUGAUGACUUCAGCUUAGAAAUGGAAGAUUUUGAUGACCUGACUGACGAUGAGUUCAAGAAUAUGGUGGAUAAAGUUUUGUUCCCAAUGUUUGGAGAGGAGAAAGGAGCUGAAACACAGGCAGAUGAUGUCCCUCAAUUUGGGGAUUUGACAGGGAGCGACGACAUGACUCCUGUACAGGAUCAGGUAUGA